CGCUCCAGGGUCCUCGGAGCUGCUCGGGCUGCGCGCGGAGCGGGCUCCGGAGGGAAGUCCCGAGACAAAGGGAAGCGCCGCCGCCGCCGCCCCGCUCGGUCCUCCGCCUGUCCGCGACGCUCGCCGGGGCCGCGGCCGCUCGAGGGACUCUGAACAUGUCGGGGAUCGCCCUCAGCAGACUCGCUCAGGAGAGGAAAGCGUGGAGAAAAGACCACCCGUUUGGUUUCGUGGCUGUCCCAACAAAAAAUCCCGAUGGCACGAUGAACCUCAUGAACUGGGAGUGCGCCAUUCCAGGAAAGAAAGGGACUCCGUGGGAAGGAGGCUUGUUUAAACUACGGAUGCUUUUCAAAGAUGACUAUCCAUCCUCACCACCGAAAUGUAAAUUUGAACCACCGUUAUUUCACCCAAAUGUGUACCCUUCGGGGACAGUGUGCCUGUCCAUCUUAGAGGAGGACAAGGACUGGAGGCCAGCCAUCACAAUCAAACAGAUUCUUUUAGGAAUACAGGAACUUCUAAAUGAACCAAAUAUCCAAGACCCAGCUCAAGCAGAGGCCUACACGAUUUACUGCCAAAACAGAGUGGAGUAUGAGAAGAGGGUCCGAGCACAAGCCAAGAAGUUCGCGCCCUCAUAAGCAGCGGCCUGCGGCCUCCAGAAAGGAAGGGAUUGGUUUGGCAAGAACUUGUUUACAACACUUUUGCAAAUCUAAAGUUGCUCCGUACAAUGACGAGUCGCCUGGGGGGGGUUGGGCGGGCGCCAUCUUCCAUUGCCGCCGCGGUCCGCAGUCUCGAUUCGCUCAGUUGCCCGUUUUUCAUACAGGGUCUCUUCCUUCAGUCUUUUGUAUUUUGAUUGUUAUGUAAAACUUGCUUUUAUUUUAAUAUUGAUGUCAGUAUUUCAACUGCUGUAAAAUGAUAAACUUUUAUACUUGGGUAAGUCCCCAGGAGCGAGCCCUCGCUCUCGGACGCAGGCAUGCUUCUCACCGUGCAGAGCUCCACCUCGCCCCGGCUGGCUGUCUGGAAAUGCGCCCUCCCUCCGCCGCUCCUCUAGGGCCUGGGCUGUGUUGCUUUCAAGCCUCAGAUCCCAGGUCAGCCGCCUCUCCGUUCUGCGUCACUUCCUUUGUGUUUAUAUGGCGUUUUGUCUGUGUUGCUGUUUAGAGUAAAUAAACUGUUUAUAUAAAGGU